AUGCGAGUACGUUCGUUCUUUGUACCUGCUUUCCUGAUUGCAGCGAGCAUUGCAUUUCCGGCACACCACAUCCAGGAAAUCAGCGCCGGUCAGGAUGGAUUACUUGGUGGACUACUGGGUGGACUGCUCAACGCCGGAUCCGAUGUCGUGGAGGGUAUUGCACAGAAGCUGCAGUCGACUUUGAACGCACUUGGCCCGCUCGACACCUCGAAGCCCAUCAAUGUGCAUGGUGUUCAUGCGUUCCAUCCACCUACCGAGACUGAUCAGCGUGGGCCAUGCCCAGGACUCAAUGCCCUCGCGAACCAUGGAUACAUCAGUCGUGAUGGCAUCGUCUCCCUCCUCGAAGUCGUUCCUGCCAUCAAUCGAGUGUACGGAAUGAGUCUCGAUCUCGCGCUCGCCCUUGGAGUAAUGGGCGUCGUUUGGACCGGCAACUCCAUCUCCCUCGACCCGUCCUUCUCCAUUGGCGGCAACGACACAGCGGUCUCCAAUGCCCUUGGGAACCUGCAAGGCGUUCUCGGAACUCCCCAAGGCAUAGACUACUCCCACAACUUCAUCGAAGCCGAUUCCUCUCCCACCCGAAACGACCUCUACCUCACCGGCAACGCCUGGACCAUGAAUAUGUCCCGUUUCCAGGAGCUAUACGACUCUGUGCCCGCGCGACAAAAUUUCAAUUUCGACGUAAUGGCCAAAUGGGCCUCGAAGCGGUUCCAUGAUUCUGUGGAGACGAAUCCGUACUUCUAUUACGGGCCGUUUACAGGGAUGGUUGCAAGAAAUGCCGGGUAUCUAUUCAUCACCAGGUUGUUUGCCAGCUAUGAUCAGGGUAGCUCGGAGGGUGUUUUGACGCAUGACACCCUGAAGAGCUUCUUCGGCGUGCGCGGAGACGGCUCGAAUAUGCGGUACAAAGAAGGCUGGGAGCGGAUUCCGUCGAACUGGUAUCGUAACCCGGUGGACUACGGCCUCACCCAGCUGAACCUUGACACGGUCCAAUUGGUUUCAAAGUAUCCUGAGCUUGGUAACAUCGGUGGAAAUACCGGCAGCACCGACUCCUUCACCGGCGUCGACAUGGACGACGUGCUAGGAGGUGUGCUGAACGCCGACCAGCUCCUGGAAGACAACAGUCUCAUGUGCUUCGCGUUGGAAGUCGUCAAGCUGGCGUCGCCGAAUUAUCUAAACAACCUGUACUCAACGUUAGCAGAGCCCCUCGAGCUCAUCAAGAACUCGCUGGCGACCCCGUUACUCAGUCUGAGCUGCCCGGAGUGGAGGGACCUAACCAUGGGUGGUAAGCCGCUGUUGGCGGCUUUGGAAAAUGAGUUUCCCGGAGCGCAACAAUCCUUGAGGGCGCUGUAG